AUGCCUCGGAUACCUGUGCACCGAUUUCUCGCCAUUGCGACAGUGGCAUUUUUUCUCAUUUUGUCAUACUAUCACCAGAACGUUUCGCAGACUUUUGUACCUGCAUUUAGGGAAACGCCAAAAGAAGAACAUGCAUCGGUACCAGAAAAGUCUUCAGCAGCUGCAAAGCAAAUCGCCCAAACUCAUGAAGCACAACAAGCCCAGAUCUCGUCGGUGGAACUAAAUAUCACUGAUGUUGAUGAUGCUGCAUUUUUGAGAGAUGUCUUGAAAAAGAACAAUGUCGAGAUGGAUAUUAACUAUGUCAUGAGAACUAUACGAUAUGUUACAGAUGCGAAAGAAAGACCUUUAAUGACGAACACCAGCCAAGAAUUAUUUCCUAGUGGGUGGAAGAGGAUUAAGCUUGAUGAGGUAGAAAGACUUCCAGCCGAUUCAUUAGAGCCUUUGGAAAUCCACGUUAUGAGAACACCACGACCAGACGAGAUUGAUGCCUCUGAGUUAUUGUUUGGAGUUUCAACCACAUACAAGAGAUUCAAUGACGAAGUUGAGGGACCAGUAAAGGAAUGGGUACGAUGGCUUACAGAUGGAAAUGGCACAUCGAACGGAGCAGGUCUUGUUUUACAAUUGCACGAUACCAGCGAUGAGCAAUUAGAAGCUGCUCAAAAAUUGCUCACCAGUGUUGGAAUUGAUGCGACUGUUCUACAUUCGGAUCCUAUGCUCGAUAUGCCAGGAAGAUAUGUCGAUUUGGUACCGCUUCUUUACAGCCAUCCAUCGAGACCGAGCAGGAAAUAUUUGGCAUUGAUUGAUGAUGACACGUUCUUUCCCUCGCUCGGCGCAUUGAUGAAGGAGUUGCACAGUUAUGAUCCCAACGAAGAGUACUAUAUCGGUACUCUUACGGAGAGAGUGGACUUCAUUAUGCACGAUCGAGUUCCUAUGGCUUACGGCGGCGCCGGUGUAUUCAUCACUCCUCCCCUCGCACAUACCUUGAUUGGACUCCCGUGCCUCGACGUCGAUGAUGCCACAGGCGAAUAUACUGAAUCCGGUUUCCAAGGCGAUAGACUCCUCUACCAUUGUAUCAAAAACCACACCUCCAUCACGCUCAAUUAUCUUCCUCGGCUCAACCAACUAGACCAAUGGGGUGAUCCAGCCGGUUUCUACGAAGCUGGUCAUCAACCGCUUUCUUUACAUCAUUACAAAUCCUGGCAUCAUGCUACUCCGGAGAUAUCUCACAUUGUUGCCGAUGCCUGCGGUGAAGCUUGUGUAUUCCAACGAUUCGGUUUCGACGGAAAGGGAUUGUCAAAAUGGGUCCUCACAAAUGGUUACUCCCUUGCCGAAUACCCAACCGGUAUUCAUUGGGAUAUGUCGAAAACAGAAAGUACAUUUGAUCUCGGCGAAUCUGAUACCUGGGCUUCUGGAAAAGAGGAUGUGCGCUUAGCUUUUGCAUAUGGUGCUCUCCGUGAAGGAUUGAGUCAUACGGGCAAGAAACGAGCCUGGGAAGCCAUGGGAGGAAGAAAGAGGGCGGAUGGAGUAGUGGAUAUGGUUUAUGUAAAGAGGAGGGGUGAUCAUAGGUGGAUUGGUGAACAUGAGAAAGAGGACGAGAGAGAAAGCUGUGUGAUUCUAAGGUUCAUCCCUUAA